GGGCUGAACGCGGACAUGGGUGUUUCUCCAGACAUGGAUUUCCGCGCAUUCUUGCUUGUGCUCAAGAUUUCGACAGUGAUCCCAUUAUGAUCAACACUGUCACCUUUUGCUUUUUGCUGUCAAUACAAUAAACUUUGUCGCGGCGUUGUGCGUUGGUGACGAGGCUUUCAAUUUGGAUUGUGGUGGAAUUUAAAAACAAAAAUGGUUCACAAGAGCAUAUCGCGUCCACUUGUCUUCUGGAAGCAACUUCAGAUAGCCUUGUUGGUGCCCAAGCGUGGAAGUUCAAUGAUUUUCUAACGAGGGAGAGCAGUGAGCACCCACAAGGGCGGUGGAAUGGCAUCAAAGGAGCGGCUGUACGAGCUGUGGAUGUUAUAUUACAGCAAGAAAGAUGUCGGUUAUCUGCAACAGUGGCUAGAGGCGUUUGUGGUGUCCUUUGAGAAGCUCAUUGAUGUGCAGUCCCUGGAGCCUCGGAGGCUGGAGGAGUGCAGCUCAGAGGUGCCCCAGCUCCCAAGAGAGGUCCUCGUAUACCUCAGCACCCAGCUAUGGCACGGUGCUCUGCAGAUCUCUGGUGCCGAGCAAAACAGCAGCACCCCGCACCCCCUGCUGCUCAUCAAGUUCUUCAUUAUCGUCUGCAGGAAUAUGGAAAACAUCGACCCAGACAAGACCCCUGGCUUUGUUUUUGAAACGAUCAAGCUUUUGAAUUUCUGUUUAAACCAGCUAAAGAAGGGACUUGAGGAGCAGUCAUCCUUGCAGUUGGUUGUGCAGUAUGGACUCGUGCUGUGUGAGAGUCUGUUUGACCCUUAUCAGACAUGGAGGAGACGCCUGGCAGGGGAGGAGGUGAGCAUGCUGGAGAGGAACAAGUAUAAGUUCUCGCCUCUCCCUUUGCCAGAGGAGCUGCCUGCUCUCUUCCACGAAAGCCUCCAGGACAGUGAUCAGCUCCCAGAGCUCCUCACACUCAGACUGGUUCACCUUCAAGGCGCUGUCAUCAGUGGAGGGAAGAAAAAUGGCCUCCUCUCCAUCACCCCUAACUCUGUUGACGACCUGUUCUCCGUCCUGCGAGCGUGGUGCUGCAGGACCUCGGCUGAACCCAAGGACCCGAAGCUUCUGCGGUUGACCCUGCAGUGCCUGACCGCCAUGAUCCACAUCCUGCACUCCAGUAGCCCUGCGGAGCGACAGGUUGAGAUCAGGACUAUCCUGGAGGCCUACUUCCAGCUCCUCAACUGGAACCGUCCACCUGGCAGUGAGGAGGAGGACCGGCAGAGCUGGGAGGAGAACCUCAUCACCCUCCAGAGCAACAUGCUGACUGCGGUGCCUGAGAUCCUGCAGUGCUCAGACAGACCUGUCCUCCAGGCUGUCUUCCUCAACAACAACUGCUUUGAACACAUCCUCAGGCUUAUUCAGAACAGCAAGCUCUAUAAGAGCUACAGACAUAGGCAGCAGCAUGAGGUUGUGUGUGACCUCACUACACGUUUACUCACAGAGGUCGAAGUGGACCAGGUUUGGGAGAGAGGUUCAGACAGUAUCACAGUCCAUGCCUUAGGAGUGCUCACAGCUAUUAUGAGUAACUCUCCCUCUGCGAAGGAGGUUUUCAAGGAGCGGAUUGGUUACUCCCAGCUGUUUGAUGUGCUCAAGAGUCAAGGUCAACCCACCAAGAGGCUGUUGCAGGAGCUGAUGAACAUGGCAGUGGAGGGUGAACAUGCCCACGCCCAUCACCUAGGCAUCAGUAACGACCAGCCCUUGCUGCUGCUGCUGCAGUGGCUGCCAGAUCUGUCAGGUCAGAGGGACCUUCAGCUGCUGGUGGCCCAGUGGCUGGCCGCUGUGUGUGGAGGCUCCCUGUCCUGCCGCACUGUGGCUGUGGAGGCGGGCAUGGUGGGGGCGUUGCUGCAGGUCUUGUCCCAGCCGCAGUGUCUAGACAGGCAGUGUGCUGACGCCCUGCUGGGCCUCCUCCAGGACCUGGGCUCUCUGUGUCUGAGACCAGAGGAGCUAAAGAGCUUGCUCAGACUCCUGAGGGUGGAUCAGGACAGCAGCAGCGGAACAGAGAGAGGAAUGCAUCCCUACUGCACCCGUAUCAUCAGGGUGCUCUCAGCCAUGGCUGCCAGGGAAGGCCAGGAUAGUGCUUUGCAAUACUUUGAUCUCACGCCUCCCAUGGCAGGCAUCAUGGUGCCCACCAUCCAACGCUGGCCAGGCAGUGGGUUUGCCUUUCACGCUUGGCUCUGCCUCAACAUGGAGUUCGCCCCUUGUCAGUCAGACUUCCUCACCCCUCGUAAACCCUCACCCACGGGGCUUCAAAACGACAUUGGAAAAGGACCACGGAGAAAACAGCUCUACAGUUUCUUCACAGCAAGUGGAACUGGCCUGGAAGCAUUUUUCACCAUGGAGGGUGUGCUGGUGGUGGCUGUCUGCACUAAGAAAGACUACAUGGCUGUCUCGCUGCCAGAGCACCCGCUAAUGGACUCUUGCUGGCACUCAGUGGCCAUAGUCCACAUCCCUGGCCGUCGUCCGUUCGGUCAGAACCUGGUCACCAUCUACAUCGAUGGAGAGCAGCGUAAAACCGCUCAGCUUCGCUUCCCUUCUUUCAGUGAGCCUUUUACCUCCUGCUGCAUCGGCUCUGCAGGCCACCGGACCACUACCACCACAACCUCCCCCACCCUGCCCACACCUUCCACCCUCCCAUCGCCAGAGUUCGCCUUCCCCACUCAUGCCCCAUCCUUCACUCGCUCCCAGUCCUUCCCAGCGUCCUAUGCGGGGGCCCGUUGGGGGUCUAUGCGUGAUGCCCCAGUGCACACCAUCCCAGCAGGGCUGCAGGACACAGAGUGGGGAACGCCCACGUCUCUGGAUGGCCUCCUGGGUACUGCCCUCAUCUGCCACGAGGCUCUGCAGCCAACCCACACAAGAGCUCUGUAUUCUGCAGGCCCCAAUCAUGUGUCCUUAUUUAAAGCGGAUGGAGAGCUAUCUGACCUCAACAACAAGCUUCUGCUCUACUACACUCCGCAGGCCUUCAAGAGUCAGAUCUGUCUGGAUCUGUCUCCCAACCACCACUAUGACGGCAGGCUGACAGGGCACAGGGUCGUGAACUGGGACAUCAAGGAUGUGCUGAACGUGGUGGGGGGUAUUGGGGUUUUGCUGCCGCUGCUGGAGCAGGUCUGUGACGCUGAGCAGGUGUACAACGGGGGCCAGGAGACGUCAGACUUGCUGGGGCCAGAGCUCACCUCCUCGCGAGGCCCUGCCGCCAUGCUGCUGCCACUGAGCAAGUCCUCUGAGGGCCGGCUGGAGAGAAACAGCAUCGCUGCGUUCCUGCUGAUGGUGAAGAACCUGAUCCGUCACCACCCGGUCAAUCAGGAGAGCCUGCUGCACUGCCACGGGCCAAGCAUCAUAGGAGCCAUGCUCAGCAAAGUUCCAGGCAGUAUGAUGGACAUGAAUGUUUUGAUGGCAUGUCAGCUCCUGCUGGAGCAGGUUUUCAGCGAGAGCAACAGCCCACUGCUCCAGCAACUCUACCAGCACCUCCUCUUUGAUUUUCGCAUCUGGACUAAAAGCCACUUUGCAGUCUGUCUGGCACAUGUGCAGUACCUGUCAUCUGUGAUAAAGAAUGGCAAACAGCGAAUGAGGAGGAAGUACGGCGUGCAGUAUAUCCUGGACACCAUUCGGACAUACUACAGCGUGGAGAAAGAUCGCAGCGCUCUGUCAGAAGACAAGCAGACGCUUCAGCUCAAUCUCUUCUCCUUGCUGAAAGACUUUCUCAAGGCUCCUAUACCAGAGGAGCUGCACAGCGUCCUCGCCUUCAUCCUGACUGUAGGAGAGGAGCAGCAGGUGGUGAGAGCUUUGGAUGUGUUGUACGAGCUCCUGCGGAGCAGCCCUCCUCGUGAGCAGGUGCAGGCCGUGCUGCUGGAGUGGGGUGCGGAGCAGCUUUACUGUCUGCUGCUCACGCCCAGCCUUGGAGACGAUGCCAGGGAGAGGGUUUUCAGGGUUUUGUACAAAAUCCUCAAGAGUGAGCGAAUAUCCGAACGCGCCAAGCAGCGCAUUAAGCUGAGGGAUUUUGGCUACCUUGGCCUGGUGUGCUUCCUUGGAGAUAUUCCCGUAACCAUGACCACUGUGCGCUGUCUGUACGAGCAGGUUCUUGCUACAGAUGCCAACCCUAACUUCAGAGACCUUCUGGCUGUGGUGUAUUUAUCCCAUAGAGCUGAGCUCACCGUUCGUUUGGAUGUCUGUCGCAAGCUCUUUCAUCUGAUCUACUCCAAUGAGGACUAUGUAAAGCAGCUGGCUCAGCAGCCCGGCUGGCAGGACGUUCUCACUAAACUGUACGUGAAAGAGUCCUAUGAGUCCCGUGCUGCCAGCCUGGCGGACUCCAGCACCCAAAACUCCCUGGAUAACACCUACCGGGCUCCGCUGCGCCGAGAGCAGGCCCUGCUCAUUGAGGAUGCCCGCACAGACAUCUUCCUGAACUACUCCUCGCGGGACGAGGAAGAUGAGGAGGAGGACGAAGGCGGCCAGCGAGACAUCUCUGAGGGUUUCUCUGAUAUAUCCCAGUCACCCCCUUGUGGAGGUGAAGGCUUGCUGAAAAACUCCCUCCAUUUUAAGCCAUAUGACUCAGUAGACCAGGGGAGCCGCUCAUCUUCCCUCUCCAACACAGCAGAUUUGGCCUCCCCUCGCCCCGAUGAGGAGGGACUCUACCACCCCCUGUCUCCUUUCGGUACAUCACCCUUUGAUUUGGAGCUGGGGGGCAUGGGCGAGGCUGGCACAGGGACAGGUACACACACCCCUGCAGGCAGUCAGGCAGACACACCGUCUCCGCUAGACCAUAGCAAGCCCUUCCCUCCUCUCAGGCCCAGGAAGAGCUCCAGUCUGUCCAAUGUACUGGACGACACCAGCUAUGGGACAGACCCUCCCACAGGAGACACUAUCUCCAACACGUCCAACCCGCAACAGACCCCCGAGGAGGAGCUGUGCAACCUGCUGACCAACAUCGUGUUCUCAGUGCUGUGGAUUGGCAGCGGAGCGGCGGGGACGGAGGACAUGGUGUGGAGGCAGAGAGGACAGGUCUUUUCUGUUCUCACCAAACUGGGUUCCUCCUGCCAGCUGGUCCGUCCGCCCGAUGACAUCAAACGCAGCCUGUUGGAGAUGAUGCUGGAGUCGUCUCUGUCGGACCUGAGAGACUCCCAGGGAGUGUCUCUGCCUUUCUGCCCCAGCCUGGUCCGACUCCUCCGGCUGCUGCAAGACUUCCUCUUUGCUGAGGGAACAGAUAACCACUCGCUAUGGAGUGAGAAGAUAUUUGAGGGGGUGGUGAACCUGCUGGACAGGUUGCAGGCCUGGCACAGCACCCCCGGCAGCCCCGGAAACACAGAACUGAAGGAGAUGGCCCAGAUCGGCCUGCGCAUCAUCACGGGCUAUAUCCAACAGCAGCACUCACAGGUGUGUGUGAUGGCCUGUGUGAAGCUGCACAGCCUGCUCCAGACAGUGCUGUGUCUGAGCUGGGAGGAGGUGUGUUUCCUGCUGGGGCGUCUGGGCGCCCCCCUGUGGCCGAGCGGAGUAACAGAUGGUACCAACAGCGGACACGCGGAGACCUUCUCCCAGCUGGUGCCUAUCGUUCGCACCCUGCUGGACCAGCACGCGGACCCCAUCAUCCUCCAGGAGCUGCUGCCCAACCUGCCCAUCACCAACGGCAGUGCCACCUUCGCCCAGGACCUGCAGACGUACUGCCACACGCUGGAGUGGCAGGGCUUCUACCAGCACCAGGUUCAGCCCACCAUGGAGCAGUACGCGCAGGACACGUUCGGGAGGAGCCAUGACAUCAUGUCCAAUUUCUGGAACUCCUGCUUUGACGAUGUGAUGAGCACAGAAAACAGACGGAAUCAAGACAAGUCAGACAGCAAGAGCAAGUUUCAGGAGGUGAUUGUUGACCCCUACCUGAAGCGAGUACGCACUGAGAGCAACAGGCACCUCAGCUGGCAGAAGCAGAGCUCCAGCCAGCAGGGGGUGGUGUGGCAGCACUGGAAAUCCAUCCGCAGACUCCUGACCAGUGAGAGAGGAGCCUGGGCCAACAGGGUGCAGCCAGAGGUGAAAUGGAAGUUAUCUAAUGCUGAGACGUAUUCAAAGAUGCGUCUCAAGCUUGUCCCCAACUACAACUACGACGCUCACAGCGAGGCCAGCGCCUUGAGGGACAACAUGGGAGCUGACAACCCUCAUAGCUCUGAACCUCUCCCACUGGCGGUUGCCAAGGAAGCCAAAGUGAGUGACAUGGAGGAUGAUCAGUUAGGAGAAGAGGAUCUUGUCUUUUUGGAUAACAAGGCGGAGGGAGAAGAUGAGAGUCAGAGGGAGAAACUGGUUCUGUCAGAGGACUGUGAGCUCAUCACCAUUGUGGCGGUCGUCCCGGGUCGCCUGGAGGUUACAACACACCACCUUUACUUCUAUGAUGGCAGCAGUGAGAAAGAGGAGACGGAGGAAGGAAUAGGGUUUGAUUUCAAGAGACCGCUGUCUCAGCUAAGGGAAGUCCAUUUGAGACGCUACAACCUUCGGCGCUCUGCUCUGGAGCUGUUCUUCAUCGACCAGGCUCACUACUUCAUCAACUUCAGGAAGAAGGUGCGGAACAAAGUGUAUUCCAGGAUCCUGGGGCUGCAGCCUCCCAACCUCUUCUAUUUUGGCUCCCGCUCCCCACAAGAGCUACUGAAAGCAUCUGGGCUGACACAGAAAUGGGUAUGCAGAGAAAUCUCCAAUUUUGAGUAUCUGAUGCAGCUGAACACCAUUGCCGGACGCACCUACAAUGACCUGUCCCAGUACCCUGUGUUCCCAUGGGUUCUGUGUGACUACAGAUCUCCGGUUCUGGAUCUGGAUGACCCAGCUGUGUUCAGAGACUUGUCCAAACCCAUCGGUGUGGUCAACGACCGCCAUGCACAGAGUGUCAGAGAAAAGUAUGAGAGCUUUGAAGACCCAACAGGCACCAUUGACAAAUUCCACUAUGGCACACACUACUCGAAUGCAGCGGGAGUCAUGCACUACAUGAUCCGCAUGGAGCCCUUCACCACCCUGCACAUCCAGCUGCAGAGUGGCAGGUUUGACUGUGCAGACAGGCAGUUCCACUCUGUGGCAGCAGCCUGGCAGGCUCGCAUGGAGAGCCCAGCCGACGUCAAAGAGCUCAUCCCAGAGUUCUUUUACUUCCCCGAGUUCCUGGAGAACAUGAAUGGCUUUGACCUUGGCUGUCUGCAGAUGUCGCAGGAGCCUGUGACGAAUGUCCUGUUGCCCAACUGGGCCACUUCAAAAGAGGACUUCAUCAGGAAGCACAUGAAAGCUCUGGAAUCUGAGCACGUGUCUAAUCACCUCCACGAGUGGAUUGACUUGAUUUUUGGCUACAAGCAGAGAGGUGAAGAGGCAGUGGAGGCGCUCAAUGUCUUCUACUACUGUACUUAUGAAGGUGCAGUAGAUCUGGAUGCCAUAGCCAAUGAGACUGAGCGCAAGGCCCUCGAGGGAAUCAUCAGUAACUUUGGCCAGACGCCUUGCCAGCUACUUAAGGAACCUCACCCUCCUCGUAUGUCAGCGGAGAACGCAGUUAGGCGGCAGGCCCGUCUGGAUACCGUGCCGCCCAACAUCUUUGAGCAUCUUAAUAAACUACGGCCCUUUGUGGAGGUGGUGAGUGAUGGCCUUCCUCUGGUCCAGGCAGUGGUGCCUAAAAAUCAGACCCGCUCGUUCAUCAUCCAUGGCUCAGACGUACUGGUGACUGUGAGUGCAAACGGGUUGAUUGGGACACACAGCUGGCUGCCAUAUGACAAAAAAAUUGCCAACUACUUCACCUUCACUAAGGACCCCACUGUGACCAAUCCCAAAACACAGCGUUUCCUGAUGGGGCCCUUCUUCCCCGGCGUGGAGAUCAGCACCCAGGUGCUGGUGGUGUCCAGCGAUGGGCGUCUGCUGUUCAGCGGAGGCCACUGGGACUGCAGCCUCCGUGUCACACAACUGGGCAAGGGCAAGCUGGUGGGCAGGAUCUGCCGGCACAUCGAUGUUGUUACUUGCUUGGCUCUGGAUCUUUGUGGCAUCUACCUCAUCUCUGGUUCAAGGGACACAUCCUGUAUAGUGUGGCAGGUUCUACAGCAGGGUGGCUUUUCCAGUGGCCUGUCUCCUCGGCCAGUGCAGGUUCUCUGUGGACACGACCAGGAAGUCACCUGUGUGGCUAUCAGCACGGAACUGGACAUGGCUAUCUCGGGGUCAAAGGAUGGAACCGUGAUCGUCCACACUGUCCGUCGAGGGCAGUUCCUGCGAACGUUGCGGCCUCCAGGUGAGAGCUGUGUGCCAGCGCAUAUCUCUCAGCUCCAGGUGGGCAUGGAGGGCCACAUCGUGGCACAGACGUCUCUGGAGGAACAUCCCUUUAGGAAGGGCAAGUACUCCGUCCAUGUUUACUCAGUAAACGGAUGCCUGCUGUCCUCCUUCACCACGGAGGAGCAGGUGACCGCUCUCCACCUGGUCCUGGACUUCAUCAUCGUGGGCACCGUAGAGGGCAACCUCCAAAUACGAGAUUUGUACAGCCUGGAUCUCGUGGCGGCGCCCUUGGUCUUGAAGGUGCCUGUGAGGUGUGUGUCUGUGACCAAAGAGUGCAGCCACAUCUUAGUGGGCCUCGAGGACGGGAAGCUCAUUGUGGUGGGGGCAGGGAAACCUGAGGAGGUGCGGUCAGGACAGUUCUCCCGUCGCCUCUGGGGAUCCACGCGUCGCAUCUCCCAGGUGUCCUCAGGUGAAACUGAGUACAAUCCCACCGAGAAUGCUGGGAAGUGAGGCGGCUAUGUACUGAAAUGUUGGAAGACUUCCAAGGGCUCUGUAGUCUGCACAUGGAUGGCAGCACCAAGAUGCUUACUAGACGCAACAAGGCCUUCUCCAUCCUCCUCAACAAGCUGGGAAACUGUCGUUCUCAGCCACCGAUCUCUCUGAGAGAGCAACUAUACACUGAGCACUUUUUUCUUCUUAAGGGAUUCAUUGUUUUAAUGCGUUUUCAAUAACAGUUUUUGUACUCUGUUUUUAAUCAGCAUCAUUCCAAAGAGUGGGUGGAGAAGAGUCUUUGAGGCUGGGAACUGCUGUGUGACAGUACAUGCAGUGAGUCACAUUUCAGGGGCGUUGACUCACACUGACGCAGGCACAGCUUCAGACACAGUACCGACUCAGAGAGCGAAUAAUGCUCCCUAUUCUUGGCCUCUUUUUUGUCAGGGGAACAGCCUGCCUUUGUGUCAGCUGAAUGUCCCAAAGCCAUUGUUUGGCGAUGGCACCUUCUUAAAACUCCUUGAAACUUGAAAACUAAAUGUUGCUCGAGAUUCCCAUGUUGCAAUACUGAUGAACACCACAAGAGGGUUGACUUUGGCUGUGUACAAUGUGUGAAUGUGGAAAGCACUGGGUGUAAUUGUUCACUAGUUGUGAGCCAGUGUUGUGUUUAUUAUUAUCACUAGCGGUCAACAUCGGGAUUCGCUGAUACACAGUCAGUACCCAGGGGGAUCUUUGCACCACGAAACAGUGUAAUUUCUGCAUUCCAUAACCCCUCAGCAAUGUUAAACUGUUACAAUUAAAGCAAUAACAGCUUUAAUGGCCAAGUAUGUGAAAUACAUUCACUUGUCAUCACAACUGUGGAGCUUGGAUGCAAUGAAACUCAAGAGGAAAAGCCUUAUAUUGCCUUACACAGCGGAGGAAAGGCCAUCAUGUAACCAGUACAAAGUGACUUCUGUAUUUUUUUUUUUUUUUUUUUUACUCCUGUACUCACCAUAUGACUAUAUUCCUGUUUUAUUUGACCUGAAAAGUGCCUUUUGCAUCUUGUAUUUUGAGCCAUGUACAAACACUGAAUUCCAAUCAUCUAUUUGUUCCCUUGCACCAGCACAGUUUAAAAUCACUGUUUAUCAGAUUUGUUGUCGGUGACCUGGUUUUAACAUUUUCUUCUACUAUGACUCAGAUGUGGAUGAGAUAAGGUGUUUUGCCUGUAUGUAAUUAAUGAACUUAGUAAUCUGUUAGCUGGAAGAGCGUACUUGCCUGUACUGGUAUCGUAUUAUCUCCGAAGCACUGAAAACGUUUGAAAAGACGAUGACUGUGAAACACAUGAGCAGAGAGUCUGUGAGUGAGCAGAGGAAUUUACUUCCUGCCAGCGCCUCUGCUGUGGUCGGAGUGAGUUUGUUGUUAUGCACUGUCAUGAUGGGACAGAAACAAAGGGAACUGUUUGGGCAAAUGCAAUACCAACGAAAUGGUGCACACAUACAAACUACCAAGUCUUUGUAAGUGAUGCUUGGAAUACCUUUAAGCAGAAAUCGUUCA